AUGGUUGUCUCACUGGCAGCAAAAGUGCGUAUCAAUAGUGAAAAGGCCGUCGGGUGGCCGAAGCUAUGGCCAUUCAGCUGGCGGCUUAACUCUCCACUGGAUCUUAUAGAAUCGGGACAGGCAGGCAACAACGGCUCCCGAGCCCGCCUGGGGAUAUGGACCACAGUCAACAUUGUCUCUACAGUUGCAAUUAUAUUCACCAACAAGUCUAUUUUCGUCAACGAGUCAUUCGGCAACUGCCAGAUCGCCUUUGCAUCUUUCCACUUUUUCAUAACAGGGUUCACCCUAUGGAUGGCAUCACGUCCAUGGUGCGGUGUUUUCGCUGCGAAGCGAGUGCCAGUCCACGAGACUCUGCACUUGGCUGUACUCAUGUGUCUCCAGGUGAUACUGCAGAAUCUCUCGCUGGCGUAUUCAUCGGUCAUCUUCCACCAACUCGUGCGACUACUUCUGACACCGCUUACCGCGCUCUUGAAUUAUCUUCUGUAUCGCGCAACGAUUCCCAGGGCAUCCAUCAUACCCCUGAUAGUGCUGUGUGGCGGCGUCGGAACUAUAUCAUACUAUGAUGCACUACCCACGACAGACGGCAAAGUCACAGCAUCGUCAAGGGGCGCGGUUUUCGCCUUCACCGGCGUCAUUGCCAGCUCCAAUGAGCGCGGCUAUACUCCUAGUGGGAUCCUUGCUUGUCUGGUUAAUUUAUCACAAUUCAUCAUCAUUGAUGCUGUUGGCCCUGUCAGCAGUACUGUCAUUGGGCACUUGAAAACUUGUAUCAUUGUCGGGUUGGGAUGGGCACUGAGCGAUCGGCCAAUUUCGAAGGAAAGCCUCGUCGGUAUUCUAAUGGCCCUGACCGGGAUGACCUUGUAUGUGUGA